CGGAAGGUCUUCAAUCCCAUCUCCAUCUCCAGAUCCCGUCUUCAUAGAUCUCCUCCAUCUCUCGUCUUCUAGAUCUGGGACGAAGGCCAUGGCGGAGCUCUCUUCGAUCUGGAUCUAUGGCGUUCUUCUCGUCUUCUCCGUUCUUCUUCAUCCUGGUGGUUCCUUCUACCUCCCCGGUAGCUAUCCUUACAAGUACUCCGUCGGCGAAUUGCUUUCCGUCAAGGUAAACUCUCUCACCUCCAUUGAAACUGAGAUGCCAUUCAGCUACUACAGCCUUCCCUUCUGCACUCCUGGGGAAGGCGUCAAGGAUUCCGCUGAGAAUCUCGGCGAGCUUCUCAUGGGUGAUCGGAUUGAGACCUCGCCUUAUCGGUUCAAGAUGUUCACCAACGAGUCUGAUAUCCUCCUCUGCCGCACCGAUCCCCUCAACGCCGAAUCGUUGAGCCUUCUUAAGAAGCGCAUCGACGAGAUGUACCAGGUGAAUCUCAUCCUUGACAACCUUCCGGCGAUUCGGUAUACUAAGAAGGAUGAGUUUAUGCUCCGGUGGACGGGGUACCCUGUUGGUAUUCGCGUUGGUGAUUCGUAUUACCUCUUCAAUCAUCUCAAGUUCACUGUGCUUGUGCACAAGUACGAGGAGACGAAUGUGGCUAGGGUUAUGGGCACUGGCGAUGCCGUGGAUGUGAUUCCCACCCUUGAUAAGGCUGGAUCUGGCCCUCCCGGGUACAUGGUCGUCGGAUUCGAGGUCGUGCCUUGCAGCUUCCAGCAUGAUGCUGAGUCGGUGAAGGAUGCGAAGAUGUAUUCACAGUAUCCGGCGAAGAUCCAGUGCGAUCCGACGACGGUGGCUAUGGUGGUGAAGGAGAACCAGCCGUUGGUGUUCACCUAUGAGGUCUCAUUUGUGGAGAGCGACAUCAAGUGGCCGUCGAGGUGGGAUGCGUAUCUGAAGAUGGAGGGUGCUAAGGUGCACUGGUUCUCGAUUUUGAAUUCUCUCAUGGUGAUCGCCUUCUUGGCUGGGAUUGUGCUCGUGAUCUUCUUGCGCACCGUGAGGAGGGAUCUCACCCGGUAUGAGGAGCUUGAUAAAGAGGCGCAGGCGCAGAUGAAUGAGGAGCUCUCCGGGUGGAAACUCGUAGUCGGCGAUGUUUUCAGAGCGCCGACAAACCCUUCCCUCCUCUGCAUCAUGGUUGGAGAUGGCGUUCAGAUUCUCGGCAUGGCGGUGGUUACCAUCCUCUUCGCCGCUCUUGGAUUCAUGUCCCCAGCCUCUCGCGGCACCCUCAUCACCGGCAUGCUCUUCUUCUACCUCGUGCUUGGGAUCGCCGCUGGGUACGUCGCUGUGAGGCUCUGGAAGACCCUCCGAUGUGGUGAUCACUCCGGCUGGGUCUCAGUCUCAUGGCGUGUGGCCUGCUUCUUCCCCGGCAUUGCCUUUUUGAUCCUCACCACCCUGAACUUCCUCCUCUGGGGAAGCCAAAGCACAGGCGCAAUUCCCAUCUACCUCUUCAUCAUCCUCCUCCUGCUCUGGUUCUGCAUCUCCGUGCCACUCACCCUCAUCGGCGGCUUCUUCGGUGCCAGAGCUGCCCACAUUGAAUACCCAGUCAGGACUAACCAAAUUCCCCGUGAGAUCCCUCCCCAGAAAUACCCUUCAUGGCUGCUGGUUCUCGGGGCUGGUACUCUCCCCUUCGGCACCCUCUUCAUUGAGCUCUUCUUCAUCAUGUCCAGCCUUUGGAUGGGCCGUGUCUACUAUGUUUUUGGCUUCCUCUUCAUUGUCCUCAUUCUCCUCGUCAUUGUCUGUGCUGAGGUUUCCUUGGUCUUGACCUACAUGCAUCUCUGCGUGGAGGAUUGGAGGUGGUGGUGGAAGGCCUUCUUCUCUUCUGGUUCUGUUGCCAUAUAUAUCUUCUUAUACUCUGCCAACUAUCUUGUAUUUGAUCUGAAGAGCUUGAGUGGGCCGGUCUCUGCCACCCUCUACCUUGGCUAUUCCCUCCUUAUGGUUCUGGCCAUCAUGUUUGCUACAGGCACUGUUGGAUUCAUGUCCUCUUUCUGGUUCGUUCACUAUCUCUUCUCUUCUGUCAAACUAGAUUGAGCUACUGUCAUUGCAGCUGGAGCUCAGUGGUGGAGACAAUGUGGUUUGCCUAUUCCCCUGAUGUUAUUUUCAUACAUAGUUCUCUUUGCGUUGUUUGGUCUGUUGUAGUAAUGAGAUAGGCAAAAUAAUUACCCUUUUUAUCAUCUGUUUUGUUAUAUUCUGUUUUGUUAUUCUUUGUUAGCUUUAUAUGAUAUAUGCAUGACUUUGUUUUUACUGAAUUUUGGAUAUUGGUGAAACAUGAUAGUUGUAUUUCUUGAA